AUGGAAUUGGACAUGCCUCUUGAUUACGCAUCAUUCCAACUCUCACCAAAACAUUCAAGUAUUGGAAACACUGAAAAGCUUGCAUCGGGUUUAGUGAAGCCAAUUUUGACACAUUUGAAGGUUGUGGAGGAACAAGUUGGAUCCUCAGCUCAAUUCAUUAAGCUUGAAGUAAAUAAACGUAAAAAUGUGGACUCAUGGUGCACAAAGGGAACACUUGAGAGGUUUGUUCGUUUUGUAAGUACACCUAAAAUUGUUGAACUAGUGAUCACCUUUGAUGCUGAGAUGUCUCAACUAGAAGCAGCUCGUAAAAUAUAUUUCACAUGUUUCAUGUUAUUUCAGGGAUCAUCUGAUCAACCAUCGAGUAACAUAGGUGAUGGUAGAUCAAGCACAACAACUAGGGCUGAUGCAAUAAAGAAGGAGCUUUUGAGGGAAAUUGAUGUAAGGCUGAUAGCUGUGAAGCAGGAUUUGAAUACAGCUUGUGCUCGUGCCACUGCUGCUAGUUUUAACCAUGACCCAGUAGCUAACCUCCAGUUGUUUGCAGAGAGAUUUGGUGCCACUCGCCUAAAGAUCUUCGCAAAUAAGGUGGUGUUCUUUGAUUGGUUCAAGAUGAAACUUCCUCAAUGCAAAGACUCUCAUCUUAUGGUGGUGGUUUCUAGGCUAAACUCAAAGAUUUUAUCUAUUGUAAGUUCUUAUUAUUAUAUUGCAGCAUGGGACCAUAUACCAAUCCAUGUUGCAAGAGAAUUUAAACCUGAUAUAAUUCUAGUUUCAGUAGGAUUUGAUGCAGCUAUUGGUGAUCCUCUUGGAGGCUGUUGUAGUACACCGAUCCCUGUUGUAUUUUUAAACAACUAUGGGAGGUUCCAGAAGAGGAAUUUAAAACUGUGA